AUCCCCUGCUUAUAUAUACAUGGCUUUUUCGAGUGAACCUUCAUCCAACACGUGCUCAUCCUUUGGUCCUGAGUCGUUUCUGCACCCCGAAAAAGCGUGUGUUGGCAAAGGAGGCAAUGAAGGGAGCAAUAGGAGUGAGAAAAGGUGCGUGGACUGAGGAAGAGGACGUGUUGCUGAAGAAGUGCGUGGAAAGAUAUGGUGAAGGAAACUGGCACCAAGUCCCUCGCAGAGCAGGGUUGAACAGGUGCAGGAAAAGUUGCAGGUUGAGGUGGUUGAACUAUCUGAAGCCCACCAUCAAGAGAGGGGCGUUCCAGGAGGACGAGGUCGACAUGAUCAUCAGGCUUCACAAGCUUCUUGGUAAUCGAUGGUCACUGAUUGCGGGGAGACUUCCGGGAAGAACCUCGAACGACGUCAAGAACUACUGGAACACGCACUUGGCCAAAAAGGUCGUCCAUCACAAGCUGGAUGAAGACGACCCACUCGGGAAGUUCGCCGCCAAAGCGAACAUCAUACGGCCUCGACCUUGGACCUUCUCGAAGAGCUCGGCAUGGUUCAAUGGAAAAGCCACGUUAGUGGCUCCAAGGACUCCACCAGGUGGAAACCAUGGACAACCAUCUCCAGUGUUGUCGCGUCAGGACAAGGAGAGUGCAUGGUGGGAAAACCUGUUCACCGAUAGCAGCUCCGACGAAGGACAGCCGGACGCACGCUCGUGGCCUCGGGAACUUUCCAUGGAAGAGGGGCUAAAUGGUUGGAACAAGCACUCUUUCGACGCGGACAUUUGGGAACUUCUUGGGGUGAACCCUGAAGCCGUGAUCAAGCCGUGA